AUGUUUUAUUGUGCUUGCUAUCUGAGAGGUGUUCAUUAUCUCGGUACUCGGGGCAACAAGAAGUGAAUCAAACAGUCGAGUUUAACAUUAAUUACAAAAUUAUUUUUUUAAUAAAUAGUUUUUGUUAAGUAAUUGUUUUUUACCGUAAAAUAAAUUCGAUUUAUUCGCUUGUAUUUAAUUCGUGAAAUUUUGGGCUUCAAAUAGGACACAUAAGUUCCAGAAAAUACAUUUCACAGUAUGUCUGGAGAUUAUUAUUCUAUAUUGGAAGUCACUCCGAACGCUUCGAUAAACGAUAUAAAAAAAUCUUACAGAAAGUUAGCAUUAAAAUGGCAUCCCGACAAAAAUCCAGAAAAUCAAGAACAAGCAAACCGAAUGUUUAAACAAAUUUCAGAAGCCUAUGAAGUCUUAUCUGAUGAGGCAAAGCGAAAGUUGUACGAUGAACAGCGUAAAAGAAAAGUGUCCGCAUCGUCCAGACCAUUCUUCUACAACUUCUUUGAAAGCCCGUUCCAUCGUUAUUUCGAUAAAAAACGCAAGGCUUACAAUCAGUAUGGCAAAGAUGGUUUGAUAAACGGUGGUUCUGGAAAUGGUGCACGUCGCAGAAGUAAUCAACGACAUCCAGGACACUUUGAUCCAUUUAACCAAGAUUUUGGACCUGGUUUCUUUAGCUUUUCCUUCAGAGACCCCGAAGAUGUGUUUAAAGAAUUUUUCAAUACGUCAGAUGUUACAGAUCUUCUAUUCCCUGGUCAAAGAUUUAAUAAUGGACAUCAAGAAAUAUCUUCAAUGAUGAAUCCAUUUGGAUUUGGAGGUUUUGGAGGUGGUUUCGGUUCUGGAUUUGAUGAUAUGUUUUCAAUGGCAAGCCAUGGAUAUCCUGGUCAACCAACUGCCAAUGGCGGUGGUAAUAUGAAAAGAACGUCAAUAUCUACCCGGUUUUCAAAUGGGAAAAAAAUUACCACCAAAAGGAUUUUUGAACAUGAUACAGAAAUAGUGGAAACGUACGAAAACGAUAUGCUCAAAUCGAAGACUAUCAACGGUGUGGCGCAAGCGAUCACAUACGGCCAUUAGCUUGAUCUCCUCUCCUCCCACCUCAUUAUCUACCACAAAACCAUAAAUAAGCGAAUGCAUAAAAUUAUGUGUUAAUUUAUAAAUAUGAAGGGAAAAUAAAUAUAAAAUAAAUUUUUUUUAUAAUAAAAUGUGUUAGAAAUUAGAAAUUAAAUUUUAUAUUCUGAAGUAAUACUAGUUGGUAUUUUAAUUUGAUUAUUUUGUUUUUUUUUUUUUAAUAGUCCGAAAUAUAUUGUAUUGAGAAAAUACAAAUUAUUAAUUUGUUUAAAGCACGUAAUAUUUACAGACUCCACUGAUUAAUAAGACUUACACUAUUUUUAUGCGCUUUGGUAAUUUUAUUAUUAUUAUUAUUAUUAUUACUAUUAUUAUUAUUAUUAUUAUUAUUAUUAUUUAACUUAGUUGUCGGUUGGUGUCAAAUAUUUAAAACUAAAUCACCCGAUGACUAUUAUUAUAUAAAAUAAUUGUGAAAUGUAAUUUUUAAAGAUAAAAAUAAUUUUCUUUUUAUUCUAGAGUAAUAUUAGAGUGUUUCACCAUCCUAUAUUAUUGUGUUUUCUGAAUGAAUUAAAUAGGAGAACAUACAUUGUUUUAUGGUGUAUCACCAAUAUUGUACUUAUAUUAUUAAUAUUAAUAUAAUUAAAUAAAUGAAUAAUAAAAAGUGUUUAUUAUUAAUAUGA